AUAAUCGCGCUCAUUUUAUUUAAGAAAAUACAUACAGUCGUCACUAAGCUUCCUCUAUUACCCUUCCACUUGUCAAACUAUGUCGACACUCUCUUCAUCUCUUUCAACACCCAAAGAUUUCCUCUUCUUCCUCCUUCUCCAUCUCUUAUCUUGAUUGUCUGUGGAUGAGUGCAUCGUAACAACAACUGUAUAAAUUAUUACAUUAAUUUGUCUUAAAUUCUGUCUAACCAACUCAUUUCGUGUUCUUUUUUUCUUUUCUCUUUAUAUGCUUAUUAUAAAACCUGCAUCUCUUUUCAUUCAAUUCCUAUGCUAUUCUUCGAGGAUCUAUUGGAAUUAUUUUCUCUUGAUCGUUUUAGAUCAAAGACUCUCGACUUUUCCGCAGAAUCUUUCAUUGAAUCCAUGACAAGAAGCUGCGAUACAACCGAACUCGAUGCUUGUCGGGAUGACUCAGCUGCGUUUGUCCUAAAAUUCGUCGCUAUAGCGUCAAUUCUCCUUGCCGGAAUUGCUGGCGUCGCUAUUCCUCUCAUCGGAAAGCACCGCCGUUUCCUCCGUACGGAUAGCAGCCUAUUUGUUGCGGCAAAGGCAUUCGCAGCGGGAGUUAUUCUGGCGACCGGUUUUGUUCACAUGCUUUCGGGUGGAUCGGAGGCUUUAACGAAUCCUUGCUUACCCGAAUACCCAUGGGGCAAGUUUCCGUUUUCGGGUUUCUUUGCUAUGGUGGCGGCCUUGUUAACUCUACUUGUGGAUUUUCUGGGUACUCAAUAUUAUGAGAAAAAACAAGGGUUGAACCGGUCCGCUACUGUGGAGCAAGGACGGGUCGGAUCUGUUAAUGUAGAAGCGGGUGUGGAUUCUGGAAUUGUAUCAUUUGUGGAGGGAAAUGAAAGGGUUGGAUCCAAUGUGAAGGUUUUUGGAGAAGAAGAUAAUGGUGGGAUGCAUAUUGUUGGAAUGCAUGCGCAUGCAGCGCAUCAUAGACAUAGCCACCCUGACGGUCAGAAUGGUUGUGACGGGCACGUUAAGGCUUCCGAGCAUGGGCAUGGACAUAGUCAUGGACAUGCGCACGGGCACAGUCACGGUUUUGGAGACGGUGACGAUGAAAGUGGUGUACGACACGUCGUCGUUUCACAGGUACUGGAGCUUGGGAUAGUGUCACAUUCAGUGAUAAUUGGGUUAUCACUUGGAGUGUCACAAAGUCCAUGCACCAUAAGACCCUUAAUAGCGGCACUAUCAUUUCACCAAUUCUUUGAAGGAUUUGCAUUAGGAGGGUGCAUCUCUCAAGCACAGUUCAAGGUUUCAUCGGCAACAAUAAUGGCUUGUUUUUUUGCCAUUACAACGCCAGUCGGAAUUGGGAUCGGAACAGCGAUUGCUUCGUUCUAUAAUCCGCAUAGCCACGGAGCACUGAUUGCUGAAGGGAUUUUGGAUUCGUUGUCUGCUGGAAUUCUUGUGUAUAUGGCGUUGGUGGACUUAAUUGCUGCCGAUUUUCUAAGUAAAAGAAUGAGCUGCAAUUUUAGGCUUCAACUUGUGUCUUAUUGCUUGCUCUUCUUAGGGGCUGGUAUGAUGUCUGCACUUGCUAUCUGGGCUUGACAUUCUUUUAUUCAUGUAAUGACCGGCAUGGGUGUGAAAAAAUCGAAUUGAAUAACCGAACUAGACUGAACCGAAAUUGUAAAAACGGUUUGGUUAUUAACCAGAAUACGGAAAAUCAUACAGAUUUUUUGAUUUUGUUCGGUAGAUUAAGGAAAUAUAGGAAAUUGUUGUAGCUUUAGUUUGUAACUUUGUAUUAUUUCUUGAAUGAAAACAAGAGAGAAGUUUCCACACAAUAAUAACUGUUUUUAAGCAA